AUGAUGCUCGGAGAACCGCACCGUCCCAAUCCAACGGUCCACGUCCCUCCGUGGCUUCAACUCGAUGAUCCCACGGCGGAGGUAUACUCUCCGUUCCCCCUGAGCGGCGUCUCCGUUAACUCUGAGGGCAAUGCAAACGGCGCCGACUACAACAGCCCUUACUAUCUGCACGAAGCCCUGACGACGUUCCAGCGCUACUUGCCCUCCAAUGAAACCGACCCGGACUCCGACUCGGACAUUUCGGUUCGCGAAUCGGACUCUCCAGUCGACGCAUACUCCUGCGACCAUUUCAGGAUGUUCGAGUUCAAGGUAAGGCGCUGCGCUCGCGGGAGGUCACAUGACUGGACCGAGUGUCCUUACGCCCAUCCGGGAGAGAAGGCCCGGCGCCGCGACCCGAGAAAGUACCACUAUUCGGGUACGGCUUGCCCCGAUUUCCGAAAGGGUCAUUGCAAGAAAGGCGAUGCGUGCGAGUUCGCGCACGGUGUUUUCGAGUGCUGGCUCCACCCGGCGCGCUAUCGUACGCAGCCGUGUAAGGACGGCACGAGCUGUAAGCGAAGGGUUUGUUUCUUCGCGCAUACGCCAGAGCAGCUGAGGGUUUUGCCUCAGCAGAGCCCCAGAGGCUCCAACUCGCUCAGCACGGCCGAGUCGUACGACGGGUCGCCUCUUAGGCAGGCGAUAGAGGCUGCUGCCUCGUGCGGGAAGACGCUGCCUUUUCUGUCAUCCACGCCAGAGGAGUCGCCGGAAAUAUCCCCGCCGGUGUCUCCGAUGACCCGGUCGCUGAGUCGGUCUCUGGGUUCGAACUCCGUCAACGAAAUGGUGGCUUCACUGAGGAACUUACAGCUUGGAAAGGUCAAGUCUUUGCCUUCUUCUUGGAAUGUUCAGGUGGGUUCUUCCGGGUUUGGGUCUCCGGGCUCUCCCGGGUUCGUGUCACCACGGGGGUCAAUUCUUCGACCCGGUUUCUGUAGCCUUCCCUCGACACCGACCCGUGUACCGGGGCGUUCUGGAAUUGGGUAUUUGGAUUUCUGCGAGGAGGGUUGUGAGGAAGAGCCUGCCAUGGAGAGGGUGGAGUCUGGAAGGGGAUUGAGGGCGAAGAUGUUUGAGAGACUAAGGGAGGAGAAUUCUCUGGGUCGGGUCGAAUCAGGCCCGAGCGGUGGUGCUCCUGAUGUUGGGUGGGUUUCGGAGCUGGUGAAGUGA